GCUGUUUGUCCCGCUGAUCGGCGGGGCAGGGCGGGGCGGCGGACGGGGAUGCGGCCCCGCAGAGCCCCGGCCCGGCCUGGCCCCCACCCUGCUCCGCCCCGGGGCGAUGGGGCCCGAGGGGCAGCCCACCCCUCCGGCUCUGGCCGUGCCCCGCAGCCCCGCCGGGUCGGGGGGCCGGUCCCGCCCCGCCCGCCCCUGCCCGUCCCGCCGCGGGGGUCUGCGGGGGGGGGCCCGACCUGCGACCACUGCCGGGGCUGCGGUGCCGGGGGCGCCUGGGGCAGAAGGGGCUGGGGGCUGCGCUGGCUGGGGGGCGGGCAGGGCUGUGGGGCAGGCAGGGCUGGGGACGGGCAGGGCUAGGUGCAGGCAGGGCUGGUGCAGGCAGGGCUCAGGGCAACCUCUGUCCCCACGUGACGCCCGCGCCGCGCGGGGGCGGCUCCGGUUCAUUCAUAAAUCCCGGGGCCGCCCCACCGCACCGAGCGCAGCGGCGGCGAUGGAGCCCCGGUCCCAGUUGUAGGACGCGCUCGGGCCGGGACGGACCAUGAGCGAUGACCCGACGCCCUGGGACAACGCGACCGAGAGCGCCACGGCGGUGCCCGGUGAGGUGUCCCCCCAGGAUGGCUACGUGCUGCUCCUCGCCCUGCUCUCCAUCUUCAUCGGGGGCACCCUGGUCUUGCUCUCCGGCAUUCUGAUCAUCUGCCGCCGGUGCUGCGAGGCUGACCACCGGCAUUCCAGAGCCAGCGAUGACCCUGAGAAAACCAAUACCACCUACCUGGACGACUCGCAGCCAGCCCAGGAUAUCACCAUCAAAGUGGAGGACCCCGACUGCCUGUCGUCCUCCAGCUACCGGGAUGCGGAGAGCGAGCGGUUCCUGUCCUCCAGCUCCUCCACCGCCCGCCGUGUCUCCUUCAAUGAGGCCGCGCUCUUCGAGCAGAGCAAGAAGACCCAGGAGAAGGGGAGGAGGUACACGCUGACGGAGGGGGACUUCCACCACCUGAAGAACGCCCGCCUGACCCACCUGCACCUCCCGCCGCCUGCCCUCAAGAUCGUCACCAUCCACGAGUGCGAGUCCAGUGAGAACAGCCUGGCCAUGACCCCCUGCCUGCCCCCACCCAAACCUGGCCUUGCCAUCUUCCAGCCCCCCGCGGGGGCCCUGCCCCAGCCAGCGCUCCCCAGCCAUGCCGUGUGCCCCAGCUCUGCCCUGCCCGGGGACACCUACAACUCCACCGUGGACACCAGCUUCACCGAGGCCAGCCCGUCCGCCUCCUCCGACUCCGGGGAGGGCCCCUCGUUCACAGCAGCACCCAGGAGUGGGAAGGUGGUUGGGACAGGUAGCGCCGGCCCCGGGGAGCCCCCCCCAGCCCCCGCCCAGGGCACCGUCCUGCAGUUCUUCACCCGCCUGCGCCGUCACGCCAGCCUGGAUGGAGCCAGCCCCUACUUCAGGAUCAAGAAGUGGAAGCUGGAGAGCACCCAGCGGGCAUCCAGCCUGGACACAAGAGGGUCUCCCAAGCGGCGGCAGUUCCAGCGUCAGCGGGCGGCCAGCGAGAGCAUGGACCAGGAGGACCAGGACCCUCAUCAGACCGACAUCAUCCAGUACAUCGCCCACACGGAUGACGUGGCUUUCCACCCCGCGGGCGGCCCCUUCCUGCCCUCCCCUGCCAGCCCCCCACCCUCUCUCGGCAGGCUAGAGCCGGGCGAGGGGGGCGCGGGCAGCCCUGGUGAGGCCGGCGUCCCCGAGCAGCCCAGCGCCUACCAUGACAUCUGGAGCCUGCGCGCCUCGCUGGAGCUGUACGCCUCCUCUGAGCGGAGCAACGACCAGGACUCGGUGCGCAGCGACGGCGGGGACAGCGUCUCCUCUGCUGGCGGCAUGCCCCCCUGCCCCUCCUCCUCCCUGGACGAGGCCGAAGGCCCUGAGGAGAAGCUCUGGGGUCGGCCCAAGCCAGAGGAGUCGGAGCCGGGCACGCGCAAGCUGUUGCAGAUGGACAGCGGCUAUGCUUCCAUUGAGGCACCCAGCCGGGGGGGCGAGGAGGGGCCCCCCAAGGACCAGACGGCCUCAGAGAAGCGCAUUUGCUUCACCAGCGCGGGGCGGAAAGGUACCAUCUUUGAGAGCUUCGAGGGCCGGGAGCCAGAGGAGGAGGAAGAGGAAGAGGAGGAGGAGGAGGAGGGGAGCAUGGCCCGGGGUGCAGCGGGUGGGGGACCCCCCUACCCCCACAGCCCCCUGGCCUGGUCCCCGUACGGGCAGAUGUUCCCGGGGCGGGAUGCGCUGCCCCGGCGGGACUACAGCAUCGACGAGAAGACAGACGCCCUGUUCAAUGCCUUCGUGCGCCACGACCCCCAGUUCGACGAGUCACCGCUGCGGGGGAAGCACCGCUCCCGCACCCACCUCCGCAAGCAGUGGCAGCACACCAAGCAGUACAGCGACCCCGGCGUGCGCUACCCCGCGCUGGAGCGGCACCGCACCCCCCUGCGCCGUGGGGACAGUGCCAACUACCCCCUGGAUGCCCGCUUCCACAGCCCCCUGCCCCGCAUUGUCAGUGCUGGUGACGAGGAGGCGGCGGAGGCGGCUGAUGGGGUCCCCCCCACCCCGGCGCUGCCCGACCCUGAGAUCCAGGUGAUCGUGGAGGAGCCCGGAGAGGCGGCCCCUGAGCCCAAGGCUGGCUCUGAGCCCCCCCGGGAUGACGACUGCCCCGGCCCCGGGAGAUGCCUGGGGCUGGGCUCUGGAUCGGAGCUGAUGGACAAGAUUGCCGGCGGCCUGGAGGAGCGGCUCUACGGGCACUUGAGGAAAGCGGGACAGAGCGCCGAGCCCAUGGUGGCCGUGGCGGCCAGCGAUGCCCCCCCCGACCACAGCCCUGUCUAGGCCCAGCGCGAGGGGGAGAGACCCCGGCGCAGGGGUCUCGGCUCCCACUGGGGUUCGGGGCUCCAUCCCCUCCUGCUGCCGGCGUGGGGACCAGCCCAGUGCCUGGGGCACUGUGGGAAGGGGGUCCCCAGCACAGGAAGGGCGUGUGGGGGCCCCUGGCCGUACCACCCCCACCGUGGGGGGUCCAGUAGCAUGGGGUGGCCAAGCCCCCUCCCUCCCGGGAGCGUGGUGUCAGGCGCAGGGCCAGGGGUGCCCGGGAGUCGGGGCACAGAGGUGGAGCAGAGCGUUGGCCGGGAGGUCGGCGCUGAGGGACUUCACUAAUACUCCCCCAACCCACCCGAGGCCUGACCCUUACCUCACGGCAGAGCUGUGUAGCAGAUACGCUCUCCCCUCCUCCUCCGGUUUCUUACAAGCAAUAAUGCCUCCUGUCCGGCCGGGGAACGUCCUCAUGAGGAAGGGGCCGGAGCUGGGCAUCCCCCCUGGCCGGCUGGGGGAUGCUGCGGUGCCGCCAUGGCAGGGGGUCAGUUACAUGGGGAGGGGGGAGUCGCCUCCUCAAGCCCACGACCCCCCAGUUCUGCAGGGAGCCAGGGUAGGAGGAUGCUCGAGGGGCUUGUGCAGCCCCCCAGGGGCACGGGUGAGCUGUGGGUGCUGCAGCAGCACCCCGAGGGCUGGGGGGGGGGGGGGGCAGCACCAGCCCUGGACCCCCCUGUAAAUACCCUCAUAGGGGUGGGGGCUGCCCAUCGCUGUCCCUGGCAGGAGCAGAGCCUGGGGUCAGGCCAGCAUGUGCCGUGGGUGACACCCCCCACCCCCCCUGCCCCGUGAGUGCUCUGCACCGGGCUUGAGGUGUUCAGAGGGUAUUUAUUGAUUUUUAUAGAGGUGGAUGCUGCUGCUCCAGGGGAGGGGUUGGCUUUUUAUUGGGUUUUUAGUUGUGUUUCAAAGGAUGGGUGAAAAAAAGGAGGAAAAAAAAAAAAAAAGCCCAAGCUGUGUUACCUGGGAGACUCGGCAACAGGGGGCAGGAGGGGGGGCAGGGCACAGCUGGGCCCCCACAUCCCUCCAUGGCACCCCAACUGCAUGCGAGUAAAGAGGCCGGGUUGCUCCUUCCCUCUGCAAAGUCUCUGUCCAAAGCACUAACUCGAUCUACAACUCAGCGUUUUUAAGUCUAUAAACAAAGGAGAAAAAAAAAAACCCCAACAACUGUGACUUUUCUGAGCUUCCUUCUUACCUUCCACCCCAGGGCCAGCAUCCUCCCCUGCCCAGGAGCUGCUGGGGAGGCCAGGGGCCCGCUCCCACCCCGGCAUCACCCCAUGGCAGCUCCCCAAGUCCCUGGGUUUGCCUGGGGGGGGCCUGUGCCUCCCCAAAAGGAGCACAGCCCCCAGGAAGAGGGGCUGGCCCCAGACCCAGCCCACCCCCCAACCCUGCCAGCUGCAGGAGGAAGGACAUGAAACCCAACUCACUGUUUUCACUUUAUUUUUCUUUAAAAAAAAAAAAAAAAAAAAAGAAAGAAAGAAAGAAAGAAGACGACGAACGCACCCAUUCCCUUUUCCGAGCCCUUUUACAGCAUGCAGGUUUAAUAGAGUUUUGCUUUGUCUUAAUACCUGUUGGUUUUUUUUUUUUCCUCAUCUGGUUUAUUUUAAACACAUCACGAUGUGUAGGAAUCUCUAAAUAUACCGCAAAUAUAAACAAAAAAAAAAAGAGGAAAAUA